AACCAUCCGAACUUUAAGAUCGUUGACUUUGACAUCAGCUAAAUAAUUGGGAAACACAAAAAAAGCCAAAACUUGGGUGUCCAUGGCUAAUGUUUGUGUUUUUUAGAGCAAAUUUCAAUUUGUUGAUCCACUCAAACUACCAUUUUAUACCCCUUUUUUUUAUGCAUCUGAAAUACCCAGACUUUGUUCUCUUUUGUUCAUAACUAGUAACAGCAAACAGAACAGGUUAAUGUCAUGUCAAAUGUGUUUUGUUGUUUGAUGCUAAAUUAGAAAGAAAAUCCAAAUAUUUUUAAGUUCUUCAACUCUCAACUAUGGAAUCCUUUUGGUUAAUCUCACAAAUGGGUUCAACCAUUUGGGUGCUUUUGCUAGCUUUUUCAGUUCAAAUCUAUAUCACAACAGCUACUACUGAUGGCAGGGAUUAUGCUGCUCUAAGAUCUCUCACGGAUGAGUGGCAAAAUUUACCUCCUACUUGGACAGAAGCAGACCCUUGUGGUGAUAGUUGGGUUGGAAUCGAAUGUACUGGUUCUCGUGUGACCUCGAUAACAUUACCUAACAUGAACUUGGUUGGAGAGUUAUCGGGAGACAUCGCGAUGUUAUCCGAAUUGCAGCAAUUGGAUUUAUCUUUUAACCGCGAACUCACCGGACCUCUUCCGGGAUCGAUAGGAAAUUUAAAGAAGCUAAAAAACUUAAUCUUGGUUGGUUGUGGUUUCAUUGGUCAAAUUCCCUACACAAUAGGAUCACUGCCACAGUUGAGAUUCUUAUCACUAAAUACUAAUGGCUUCACCGGACAUAUUCCACCGACCAUCGGUAAUUUAUCGAAUCUUUAUUGGUUAGACAUGGCUGACAACCAACUUGAAGGACCAAUUCCAGUUUCGAAUGGAUCAACACCAGGGCUUGACUUGUUGAUUCAUACCAAACACUUCCAUUUCGGGAAGAAUAAACUCUCUGGGACUAUCCCAUCUAAACUUUUCAGUUCAGAUAUGGAACUGAUACAUGUGCUAUUCGAAAGCAACAAACUCUCCGGACCUCUUCCUUCGACCCUUGGACUUGUGCAAACUCUGGAAGUAGUACGCUUUGAUAACAAUUCACUAAGCGGGAGUCUUCCAUUGAAUCUCAACAACCUUACAAAUGUUCAUGAGCUGUUUUUGUCCAAUAAUAAGCUGUCUGGUCCUUUGCCUAACCUUACAGGCAUGACCAGUUUAAGCACCUUACAUUUGAGCAAUAAUACUUUCAUUCCAUCGGAUUUUCCUUCGUGGCUCGAGUCCUUGACAUCGCUAACAAUAAUAAUGAUGGGAAGUAUUAAACUUCAAGGUCAAGUUCCGACCACGUUCUUUGGGCUUCCACAUUUGCAGGCUGUGGAACUAGAAAGAAACCAAAUUAAUGGUACAUUGGUAAUCGGCACGAGUUUUACCAACCAACUACAACUCGUAGAUUUGCGGAACAAUAAGAUUUCGGAAUUCAAUGAUGCCGGAUACAAUUUUGAAAUAGUACUUGUAGAUAACCCGGUAUGUAUGGAGACUGGAAAAACCGACAAGUAUUGCCAACUACCUUCACGAAAGUCCUUGUAUUCAACACCUCAAAAGAACUGUGUAUCGGGUUCGUGUCGUUCGAGUCAAAUCACGAGCCCAACAUGUACAUGUGCAUAUCCAUAUACCGGAACACUACUGUUUAGAGGCUAUACCUUCGCGGAGAUAGGCAACACAGCUCCGUAUCUUUCUCUUGAGCAAGCUUUGAUGAAGUUCUUCCAGACACAUCAACUUCCAGUGGAAACCGUUUCGUUAAGUGAUCCGAGGAAGGAUCAGUUUCAAUAUCUGCUUUUGGACCUUAGUGUGUUUCCAUAUGGAGCAGAUAGUUUCAAUAGAAGUGGAAUUUCAAUGCUUGCAUUUGCAUUUAGCAACCAAACUUUCAAGCCUCCGAAAGAGUUCUUUGGACCUUAUGUCUUUAGUGGUGACAAAUACGAACACUUUCUCGAUGAUACUCGAAAAUCGAAGAAUUCAAGCACUGCUAUCAAAAUCGGAGCGGGAGUUGGUGCUUUGGUGUUUUUCCUACUGUUAAUGCUCGCUGGGAUUUACGCUUAUCGUCAAAAGAUGAGAGCCGAAAGAGCAAACAAAAACAGUAAUCCGUUCGCAAGCUGGGAUUCUAAGAAGAGCUUUGGUGAUAGUCCUCAGUUGAAAGGAGCAAGAUGUUUCCCUUUCGAUGAACUUAAGAAAUACACGAAUAAUUUUUCCGAUGCCUGCGAUAUCGGAUCAGGCGGUUACGGAAAGGUUUAUAGAGGAACUUUACCGACCGGGGAACUCGUUGCCAUCAAACGAGCUCAACAAGGUUCUAUGCAAGGUGGGCUCGAAUUCAAAACAGAGAUCGAGCUUCUAUCGAGAGUUCAUCAUAAAAACGUCGUCAGCCUACUCGGAUUUUGCUUCGAACGAGGUGAACAAAUACUAGUAUAUGAGUAUGUUGCCAAUGGUUCUCUUGGUGAUAGUCUAUCAGGGAAGUCGGGAAUCCGACUGGAUUGGGCCCGGCGACUAAAAGUAGCACUCGGUGCAGCUCGAGGUCUUGCAUAUCUUCACGAGCUCGCGAACCCUCCGGUUAUUCAUAGAGAUGUCAAGUCCACGAACAUCUUAUUAGACGAACGCUUAAAUGCUAAAGUUGCUGAUUUCGGGCUCUCGAAACCAAUGGGUGAUAGCGAAAAAGGUCAUGUUACGACUCAAGUGAAGGGUACAAUGGGUUAUCUGGAUCCUGAAUAUUAUAUGACCCAACAAUUGACCGAAAAAAGCGAUGUUUAUAGCUUUGGAGUAGUGAUGUUAGAGAUAGUAACGGCUAGAAAACCGAUAGAGCACGGGAAAUAUAUCGUAAGAGAAGUGGCGACAUCGAUGGAUAAAUCGAGAAGUUUAUAUAAUCUCCAAGAGAUUCUUGAUCCAACCAUUGGUUUAGAUACAGAUACAAUACCCCAUGGGUUGGAAAACUUUGUAGAUUUAGCAAUGAGAUGUGUUGAAGAUGCAAGAACUGAUAGGCCUACAAUGGGUGAAGUAGUGAAAGAGAUUGAAAACAUUAUGCAGGUAGCCGGUUUGAAUCCGAAUGCGGAAUCAGCUUCGAGUUCGGCUACCUAUGAAGAUGCAAAUAAGGGAACUCCUCAUCAUCCGUACGGUAGUAAAAUUUGAACCCAAUUUAAUUUGGGUUGAACCGGUUGAGUGUCAUUUCUAUUACUAGUUUGAUUUGCUUUCUAGGAGCAAUGAGAGGUGCUUGAGUUGGUUGUGGGAUCUUUUAUAUUUAUUUUGUUGCAUACUAUAUGAUAAAAUUGUAAUAUAAAAUUUGAUUACAA